AUGACUGCAGUGGUGGAUAAGGCGGUGGAGGAGGUGGAAAAGGUGAAGAAGGAAUGGGAAGAAACUUACACACAAACGCAGGAGCACAUUGAGGUAAUCGCAAAUUACGGAAAAUUAGGAAGAGCGAAAGAGGAGAAAAUUUCACUGGCUAGUUUGAACGCGAUCGCUCGGGAAGGAUUAAGACUUCUCAAUUUCUUCCUCUUCACCCUCGAUCUUCUCGCCCCUCAGUUGCCCUCGCAUCCGGAGGUCGAUUCUGCUCGCCAAUUGCUUCAAUCCUGGAAAACCCUAAUCCAAAAUUUGCGGAAGAAUCUGAGGAAUGCCAAUUGGCAAGCGAAGGCUAACUUGAUCAAAGCUGACCAGGAGGAGGCAAUAUACUUACUUUUCCUAUUUAGUAUUUCUGAUAAAGAACUAUUUUUCGGUGGUGGAGAAGAGUCCAGAGCUCGCAUACGCAAUUUACAGACAAAAGCUGGAAUGACAUCUAUUGCAGAGAUGACAUCUACUGCAGAGAGCAUAACGGAAAGCUUUUGUCGUACUCUGCAAUUGAUGGUUCAGGAGGUUGAAAGAAGCAAAAGCACACGUAUGACUCUCGGUGAAUCAACUAGAGUCUUAAAAAUGGCUGAAAGUGAAUAUAAAGGGCACAGCUCUUCGUUGUCGAAAACACACAAUCUCCUCUCCCUUAUGCAACGUCAACAUGUCAUGGACAGGGUGAUACUUGGGGUAUGCUUUUUGUUGUUCACCCUUGCUGUUCUUUAUGUUCUUUCCAAGCGGAUUUGA